ACAUCGCCUGCAGUAAAUUGCCUGACUCGAUAUAGGCAACGUUUGCCUGUAAAGCGAAAUAGUUUAAGUGGAGCGCACGACUUCAACAUCACGCCAUCCAAGCCUCCCGGCAGCUGCUCCGAGUUUAGCGUGUACUUCUUACAACUUCACAACGGACUUUUACUACACUUCACGAUUGACAGCAGCGCAGCUCUCUCUGGAAACAGUGCGGCUACCAUCCUUCAAGUGCAUGAACUGCUAAACAAGUUCAAUUCCAUACAUUUUGAGAAAAAGGGAUACAUUAAGAAAGUUAUUGAAAAAACACGCGCAACAUUUCCAAGAAGGGAAAGGCAUUCUUCGCGAUGGAUUCUGCGAUGAAGUCUAAAGAGGAGACCAAAGCUUUCCACAAGCAAAGUGGCUCUAGAUAUCAGAUGUUAUCGGCAGGGUGCCUACCGACAGCGGCAUGUUUUGUUCUCUCAUUAAGUUCCAUCGCGAUUUGUUUUUUGACUAGUUUCAAAACGUCUCAGCUGGAACACAGACUGUACGCGCUGGAGAUGGAGAAGAGAUCCACGCUCCAUCAAUCACCCUCGGUCCUGUUUGAGGAAGGAACUGCUCUUCGGGAAACAAUCGAGAAGGUCGUUCAAGAGAAGAUUGCUCAGGCUAUGCCGAAACUGCGCGCCUCCAGGGAUGUGGCGCAAGAGUGCGCAUGUCCGCCAGGUCCACCAGGAAAACGUGGGAGGAUGGGAAAGCGAGGCGAUCCAGGACUUCCAGGCACUCCAGGACGUGACGGUUACCCGGGUCCACUUGGCAUGGACGGAAAACCUGGCUCCCCAGGUCUGACGGGAAGUCAGGGAUUGGCGGGCCCAAAAGGUGAUAAGGGGGACCAAGGAGAUACAGGGCCUAGGGGUCUCCCAGCGCACAGUGCCUCUGCAGCCCUGCUCAGUAACCAGAUCCUGGCAGUGAAGGGUGAUCAAGGACAGGCUGGCCCUCCAGGACCCCCUGGGGCCCCAGGUCCAAGAGGCCCCCCCGGACAUUUGGGGAAUGAUGGGCCCCAAGGCCCCCCUGGAAAGGCGGGCACUCCAGGAAAAGAUGGCAUUGAGGGUCCGAGAGGCCCACCUGGAAGACAGGGGGAGGACGGGGAACGGGGAGCUCCUGGGACCCAGGGCCCCCCCGGGGCUAAGGGGGAGCAGGGUACUGCUGGUGUGGGCGAGCGGGGGAUGGACGGGAUGCCAGGCCUGAAGGGAGACAAAGGCGAGGUGGGAGACACAGGACCCAGAGGAGAUGUGGGUUUGCCUGGAGAGAAAGGUGUGCCGGGGCUGACUGAAUUCCUUGACUUUCACAGGAACGAAGCCUUCCAGGGGCCUCCAGGUCCCCCGGGACCCCCGGGAGAGCCAGGUCCCAAGGGAGACCUGGGCUUGCCUGGGCUAGCUGGCAUUGAUGGCGAACAGGGCCCCAAAGGGGAGCAGGGUGACAUCGGGGCGGAUGGGGGAAAUGGGGAGAAGGGCAAUAUUGGCCUGGCAGGAGCCUCGGGAGCAAAAGGAGACAAAGGAGACUGCAGAUUGGAGGAUGAUCUGGUGCAGUUAAUUUCUCAGCCUGGACCUCCAGGACUUCCUGGUCCCCCAGGGCCCCAGGGACUUAUGGGACACCAUGGAAUGCCUGGGCCCAAGGGAGAGCCUGGAGACGGGCUGAGAGGAGAGAAGGGAGAGACGGGAGAAAAAGGUCUGCCUGGAGUCAGGGGUGCACAGGGUCUACCAGGACUGUUUGGGCUGCCAGGGGCCAAAGGGGAAAAGGGGAAGGUGGGGGAGCCUGGCCUAGACGGUUUUCCAGGACUGAUGGGUGACAAAGGAGACCAAGGGUUGAAGGGAGAUAAGGGUGACCGGGGUUCAGUGGGGAAGAAGGGAUUUAAGGGACAGAAAGGCGAACAGGGGCCCCCCGGAUUGGACCAGCCCUGCCCCGUGGGUCGAGACGGGUUACCCAUACCAGGCUGUUGGCACAAGUGAUGGCCAGCAGGAAGCACGACCCCUGUACAUAUCCAUAUGGUAUAUUUUGAAAUGAAAACCCUUUUUUUUUGCAUCCAGUUCACUUUUUUUGUAAGGAAGCUAUUUUUCUAAUCUAAUAUAUUGAGACUUUUUUUAAUACUGGACAUGAUAUUGUUUGGUGGGGGGGUGGGCCUGUGAUGGUGAAAGCGCAGGAAGGAAAAACAGGAACAUGACAGCCCAAACCAGAUGAGGAAACAUAAGGAAAAAAUGAAGGAGGAAGAGGAGGAGGAGGAGGAGGAGGAGGAGGAGGAGGAGGUGGAGGUGUACCGGAAGAAGCUGAGCCUGCCGUGAGGCGUCUGAUUUGGAUCCGGAGGGGAAAACUCCAGACUGCCCAGGGUGCGGCAGCCCCAGUGAAAUCCGCAUGGCAUUGUGGGACAUGUGGCCCCCGCAGAGAGCCCAGUGGUGUUUUACCCAUCACCCCUUGAAUCUCGUUUGGCUUUGAAAGGACAAAACGGACAAAGAAAGUGUGACGGUGGGCCUGGCUUGGCCCUAUAGGGGGAGGGGUUGACCUUUGACCUGCUGUCAAGUCACCCAGAGAGGGACUGUCGCUGGAUGCACGUAAUGCGGACGGGGCGUGGCCUCUGAGUGCUCCUUACGCCUCGUGCUCCGGAGCAUGCAGACUCGUCAGCUUUCGGCUGGACUGGAACGCCGUAGACCGACCAGAGAAUUCAACUGACUGUUCAACUGGAAUCAGCUCAAGCGUAAUUUCAUAUAAGGACAAUGAAGAGAGUGUUGCUUUCACUGACUGACCAUUAUAAAGUGCUUUUCCUUUAUUUGUAUACAUUGCGAUACUUUUCAUUCUGUUUCAUAUGUUAAAUUGAUGUACUCAAUUCAGUAUGUUCAAUUGAACAUUUGUCUGUGUGUUUGUAUGUGUAUGUAUGUGUGUGUGCGUGUGUGUGUGUGUGUGUGCGUGCGUGCGUGCGGUUU